GGCUCCAAUUUCACUCAGUAGCGAGCCGAGCGUCGGCCGCAGAGAGUGGACGUGCAGGCGUCCCCAGCCGUACCACCAUGCCGGAGAAGGAGCGCAAGACGACGUUCGCCGGAAUCGAGGACAGAGAGGUGGAGUUUGCGCCCCUCAAUGUCGACGAGAACGGUGAUGUCGAGGUCAAGGCGGUGCCGGAGCGUGCCGCCUGGGGCAACAAGUGGCAGUUCAUGCUGAGCUGCGUGUCGCUGUCUGUCGGCCUCGGAAAUGUGUGGCGCUUCCCCUACCUGGUGCAGCAGGAUGGAGGAGGCGCGUUCCUGAUCCCGUACGUGCUGAUGAUGGUUCUGGAGGGCGCGCCGCUGUUCCUCGUGGAGCUCGGAAUCGGCCAGCGGCUGCGGCAGGGCUCGCUCGGAGUCUGGAACAUCAUCCACCCGUGGACGGCCGGCAUCGGUGUGGCCGCCACCAUCGUCUCCUUCAUGGUCGGCCUCUACUAUAACAUGAUCAUCGCCUGGUGCUUCUACUACUUCUUCAACUCGUUCACGAGCCCGCUGCCGUACGCCUUCUGUCCCACCACGGGUCCGAACGGCACCGUGGUGCCCGAGUGCGAAAUGUCCUCCGAGACGGCCUUCUUCUGGUACCGCAACGCCCUGGACGCCUCGUCGGCCAUCGAUGAGCCCGAGGGCAUCAAAUGGUGGAUGGCGCUCUGCCUGCUGCUCUCCUGGGUGCUCGUCUAUGCCUGCAUCAUGCGUGGUAUCCAGUCCUCGGGAAAGGUUGUCUACUUCACGGCUCUGUUCCCGUACCUGAUCCUGAUCAUCUUCUUCGGGAGAGCUGUGACACUGCCCGGAGCUGGUGUCGGACUCAAACACCUCUUCACACCAAAGAUGGAGAAGCUGAUCGACCCGACCGUGUGGAUGGACGCAGCCACACAGGUGUUCUACUCGCUAUCGGUCGGCUUCGGCUCCCUGAUCGCCUUCGCCUCCUACAACCCGGUCAACAACAACUGCAAACAGGACGCCGUCUUCAUGUGCAUCGUCACCGUGUUCACGGCUACCUUCGGAGCGGUGGACAUUUUCGCCGUGCUCGGCUACAAGGCGGUUCAGAACUACCACAAGUGCAUCGCCCACAAUGUCGACAAGUUGUCGGUGCUGUACCCGGAGCAGUUCUUUGUCAACAUGUCGGCUGAGGCGUACACCGACAUGCUGCAGCACCACGACUUCACCAACGAGACUCAGCUGGAGAUGGGCCUGCAGCACUGCGACCUCACCAAGACUCUUGACCAGGCUGCCGAGGGUACCGGUCUGGCGUUCAUCGUGUUCACCCAGGCGAUCGUGGAGCUGCCCGGCUCCAACUUCUGGUCGGUGGCCUUCUUCAUGAUGCUGCUGGCCCUCGGACUGGGCUCCCAGUUCGGCACCAUGGAGGGCGUCAUCACCAACAUGUUCGACAUGAACAUCCGCGUCAGGAAGGAAGUCCUCACCGGUGUCAUGUGCAUUGUGUCGUUCCUGAUCGGUCUCGUGUUCUGCACCGGCGCUGGAGAGUACUGGCUGAAGAUGUUUGACGCGUUUGCCGGCACCUAUGGACUCGUCGUCAUCGGCUUCUUUGAGAUCGUCGUCGUUACUUACGUUUAUGGCUAUGAAAAGUUCUGUGACGACAUCGAGAACAUGACUGGCAGCCGUCCGGGCCUGUACUGGCAGAUCUGCUGGCGUUUCGUGGCGCCGAUACUCAUCAUCGUCAUCUUUUCGGCAACCGUCGUGACCCAGAUUAUGAACCCGCCUACCUACACCAUAUGGAACUCCACACUGGCGGAGCCCCAGAAGGUCGAGUACCCGCCCGCCGUGAUGGCCGUGGCUGUGCUACUAAUGCUGGCCGGCACCGCUCCCAUCGCCAUCGUGUUCCUGAUGCGCCGCUUCCAGUGCGUCAAGGUUGACAUGGACAUCCACCAGGCGGCUAUCAAACGGAUAGACACGACCACCUCCACCACCGGCAUGGUCCGCGAGGCAGAGCCGAUGGCCAGACAGGACUCGCAGUCGUACGUUUGGACCAAGCUGACUGACAUGUCAAAGCGGUCGUCAGAUGCAUGAGAAGGGGUAGGACUGCGUGUGUCUGUGUGCUCACUGACGCCGGACCAGCACCGCACUGCGACACGGCGUCUGGCCAGUAACCACUGGUUACCUGUGAUGAGGGAGUACACGGACACGCCGCACAACUCGGAGGAGAACAUGGAGGACGUCAAAUUCCAGAUGGAAGUGGUGGACGCCUAGCGGGUGACUCGGUGGCGGCGGCGGCCCGCACGCCGCGCCGGCUCGCCCUCUCGUAGACACAUCGCGUCGCGUCGCGUGCGUUGGUGACGACGCAUGCCGGCGGCUGGGACCGGUGCAAUCACUGUAGUCUCUCUGUGCCGGGCGUGCUCCGAUGCCGGCCGUCACGGAGCAGUGGAUGACGGACGCGGCCGGCCGAUGAGACUGACUAUCGGAGCCAAGAUCGGGCCCGGUUGUGUGAGAUGACGAGCUUCCGGACGCGACAGCGCGCGGCGCCGGAACGGGGUCCCGUCGGUGAUGCUCCAGCGGUAGGCCCAACUGGACCCUCGCGCCUCCGAGGCUCUGGUGGAGUCUCGGCAAGCCAGGGUUACGGCAGGUCGCGAGCUCACGGACCGCCUCCGGCGAUAUGGCAGGGCGAAUAGUGAUGUCGAAGUAUAGCUCAAACUAUUUUUGGCAGCGUUUCCUCGUGCGCGCGUCGGGUUCGGAACUAGCGUUUUCGGUGUGUGCUGCGAUUGUGGACAAUGACAGCGGCCGGGUAGAUGGACCGACAAUGCUUAUCGUGUGUGAGGAGUAGUUGUGACUGCGCCGAAACGGGAGCCGACCGAGGCGUGGCGCAGGUCACCAGUGUAGAGACAGUGCGACGAGCGCGCGUUUAGACGGCCAGCUCAAGUUACUCACGCGUUCGCGCCAAAAGGUGAUGUCACUUGUGAUAGACUCAGAUCUAAACCCUGCAGCGAAUGAGUUCCGAUAGUAUUGCAAGAGACAAAUUCAUAUGAAAAAAUAACUGCACUGUCAGCUGAGCUUUUUAGUAGUCAACUGAUUAAAGUCUUUAUAGCACGUAUCCCUUGCCUCUGUACCAUAAUAUUUAGCCCUUCUAUAUAUUUUAUGGCCCUGUAAUGAGUUCUCUAAAUUAAGGAUACCAACUAACUAUUGCAAAUCUGAGUGCAAGUGGUACAGCCGGUCACGGGUCAGACCACGACUUCCCAGAGCAGUUCCGUUACGUUGCCAUUGUUCGCACUGUAGGCUGCCUGUUCACCACACAGUUGCUCUCAGGCUAAUCAAAAGUUUCUCCUAAACGGGAUAAUGUUUCUUUUGGAUGCUUCAAAAGCUUCUCGGGGUUGGGACAUCCAUCGGUUUACAUAUCUGAGUCUGAGGGAGUGCGGGAUUCGUAAGCUUAUAAAUUAGAAACAUAAGGAUUGAUCUGUGUCGAUGUAAAUAAGUUGUAGUUAGCUACCAAUGUAGUAAACCGUUGAAGAUGCUUGCUAAAAUGCCCUUUCAUUUCGUUUUCAUACGGAAAAAAAUGUUGCUCUUGUUGGUGUUAUUGAAUCUCUGUCCUACAGUAUUCAAGACUCAAAAAGACUCAUUUUGUCCCAUGGGUAACUUUCGCUCUUUUGACCAUCUCAGCGGGAAAUGUCAAUAUAACUAGUGUGCAGUCGUCAGGCACACCGAAGGUUUAGGCAGGAGCAGAACGUGACGAACUUGUGUGUAUUACUCGUGUGUGGUGCUCACUCGCCGAGGUUAAUAUUUCUGUGUAAGAGUUGUGGUUCUUGCAUGGGUAACCAGGUGACAUUGAUAUUAGUAGCGGCAGUAGUCAGCGAAACCAUGCGAGUCAGAAUAAAUGAUUGUGUAAAAGGG